AUGGCUUAUGACCGAUACAUUGCCAUCUGCAAACCACUGCAUUAUGUUACCGUGAUGGACCCUUCUACAUGCAUAAUGUUAGUCUGCAGCUCCUGGAUCAGUGGGUUCAUCAAUUCCAUGGUCCACACUAUAUUUGCUGUCCAUCUCAACUUCUGCGCCUCCAAUAGUGUUAACCAGUUCUUCUGUGACAUCCCCCCUUUAUUAAAGUUGGCUUGUGGCAGUACAUGGCUUAAUGAGAUUGUUCUAUUCAUUGUUGGAGGAGUUUAUGGACUCGGGUCUUUCCUAUUAACAUUAAUCUCUUACAUUCAUAUUAUUUCCACCAUAUUGAAAAUCAGAUCUAAAGAAGGACAAAGAAAGGCCUUCUCCACUUGUGCUUCCCACCUCAUUGUUGUAACAUUAUUCUUUUUAACAUCUUUCACAGCUUAUUUGAAACCUACUUCUAAGAAUGUAUUGGAAGAGGAGAGAUUAGUUCCUGUGAUCUAUGCUGUUAUCACACCAACACUAAACCCCAUCAUAUAUACCCUGAGGAACAAGGAAUUCAAAAGUGCAUUAAGGAAAAUGAUAGGUCUUGGCUACUUGUACCUUUAA